UUACACUCAUCCUAAUCACUCACGCCACAGACGCUAGUGCAGCACAGCACAGCACUAUUCAGCAAAUUGCUCCUCCUCUCCCACCCUGUCUCUAAGACUGGCUUGUGGACACAAGCGCUCCCUCUCUUUUGCUUUACCACCCUCUUUUUUACAGCGUUCCAAAAGUGCAGGGACAUCCAAUCUCUCUCUCUCUCACACUCUCUCUCUCUCUCUCUCUCUCUCCCACCCUCUUUGCUUUUUCCUUCUUCAUCUGCCCUUUCUUUUUUUUCUCCCUCAGCAGCGGCACGCGCCUCACUUCCCGAUUAUGUGCAGUGAGCGAUGAGCAUACAAGUCAGGCAGCGAGCAGGGUAAACACAGAGUAGAUGAGAGCUAAAAGGACUCAAAGAGGAGGGAGAAGAGGAAGGUGAAGAGCAAACCUGAGGGUUUUGAUGAGGACAGAUGAAAAGGGAGAGUUUGUGAAGCGCUUGGAUUUUACCCAUGUGAAGUGUCCCCAUCUAAUAUAUAUUCUUGCUGGCAAAGGACACAAUUAAGGUGAUGAUUUCACAACCUGUCGACUGACUCACCAGCACUAAGAAGAGAACUUGAGGAACACCAGGAUUUUUGCUUCAUACCUGGUGCCUCCUUCACUCACUCUUCUCUUGUUCUCAUUCAUACGCCUCAUUGUUCAGCCAUCGUCCUGUGCCCUGGCUCUCUCAUUUUCAUCUCCUACUCUUCUUCGGACUUUAAAAAAAGGACUGUUCCGGACUGCCCAAUGCUGAAGAGCAACAGUCUGCUGCUGUUCCUGUGCUUCCUGUUUGAGAAGAGCUCUCCUGCUCCUCUCCACUCUGUGCACCCAGCUCAGAACCAGAGCCGGCUGGGACUCAGUUGGCCCCAUAGAUCCAUGUCUACAGUAGGAAACAGAGGAGAGAAUGGAAGCUUUCAGAGGGUUAAGAGGGGAUGGGUAUGGAACCAGUUCUUUGUCCUGGAGGAAUACAUGGGAUCUGACCCUCAGUAUGUGGGCAAGCUGCACACAGAUCUGGACAAAGGAGACAGUGAGGUGAAAUACACUCUCUCAGGAGAGGGAGCCGGCACCAUCUUCACCAUUGAUCAGACCACUGGAGACAUCCAUGCCUUACGCAGCCUGGACAGAGAGGAAAAGCCUUAUUACACACUCAGAGCACAGGCUGUGGACGUUAACACCAACCGGCCCCUGGAGCCUGAGUCUGAGUUCAUCAUCAAGGUUCAGGAUAUCAAUGACAAUGAGCCAAAGUUUCUGGAGGGCCCUUAUACAGCUAGCGUCCCUGAGAUGUCGCCUGUGGGAACUUAUGUGACAAAAGUAACAGCAACAGAUGCAGAUGAUCCCACUUAUGGCAACAGUGCAAAAGUGGUGUACAGCAUCCUGCAUGGCCAGCCAUACUUCUCUGUAGAGCCUGAUACAGGGGUUAUUAGAACUGCUCUACCUAAAAUGGAUCGUGAGGUAAAGGAGCUUUAUCAGGUUCUUAUCCAGGCCAAAGACAUGGGGGGCCAAUUGGGAGGUCUGGCAGGAACAGCAACUAUCAACAUCACCCUUAGUGACGUCAAUGACAACCCACCCAGAUUCUCCAAAAAUACAUUCCACUUGCGUGUGCCUGAGUCUUCAGCGGUGGGAUCUGCUGUGGGCCGAAUCAAAGCCCAUGACCUGGAUAUUGGCAAGAACGCUGAGGUGGAGUAUAGCAUUGUCCCUGGAGAUGGAGGAGCCAUGUUUGACAUCAUCACCAACGAGCACAACCAGGAAGGCAUCAUUAUUCUCAGACAGCCUCUGGACUAUGAGACAAAGAAGGCCUAUACCUUUACAGUGGAGGCAUCAAAUGCACACUUAGACCCACGGUUUCACAGUUUUGGUCCAUUUAAAGACACAGCAACUGUCAAGAUUAAUGUUCUGGAUGUGGAUGAGCCUCCUGUCUUCAGUAAACCAUCCUACACAAUGGAUGUUUAUGAGGACACACCAGCAGGCACCAUUAUUGGAGCAGUGACCGCUCAGGAUUUGGAUGCAGGAAGUAGCCCGGUCAGGUAUUCUAUUGACUGGAAAAGUGACCUGGAUAGCUUCUUUGACAUUGAUCCUGUAAUAGGAACCAUCUCCACUAACGAGCUUCUGGACAGGGAGAGCAGAGUCCAACACAACAUUUCUGUUGUGGCAACCAAAGUUAAUAACCCAGUCCUAACCAGCAAAGUCGCAGUCACAAUUCAUGUGUUAGAUGUUAAUGAGUUUCCUCCAGAGUUGGCUAUACCUUACGAGACCUAUGUGUGUGAAGGUGCCAAAGUGGGACAGGUGAUUCAGAUCUUCAGUGCAAAAGAUGAAGAUAUUCCUAUGAAAGAACACAAUUUCUCCUUCAAAUCACAACAGGAAGAGAUGAAGAUCAAAAACUUCACCAUCAAAGAUUUUGGAAACAACACUGCAGGCAUUGUAACCCUUCGCAGUGGCUUUUGGCGGCGUGCUCAGGAGAUCUACCAUCUUCCGGUAGUGAUUGAGGACAGUGGUUACCCAGUACAGAGCAGCACCGGCACCCUGACCAUCCGUGUGUGUGGCUGUGAUUCUGACGGUUCCCUGCUGACCUGCAGUGCAGAAGCCAUCUUCCUCCCCGUGGGUCUCAGCACCGGAGCACUUAUCGCUAUUCUGCUUUGCAUUGUAAUACUGCUAGUGAUUGUGGUGCUGUACAUGGGAGUCCGCCGGCAGAAGAAAAAGGAAACACUUAUGACUUCCAAAGAAGACAUCCGAGACAACGUUAUCCACUAUGAUGAUGAGGGUGGAGGCGAGGAAGACACACAUGCCUUUGACAUUAGCACUCUCCGAAACCCUAAAGCCAUCAAGGACAAUCUUUAUAGGAGGGAUGUUAUACCAGAGGCUGCCUCUCUUCCUCAGCCAUUAGCCGCCUCACAGGACAGUGAAGACCUUCAGCAGUUCAUCAGUCAGAGACUGCAGGCACAUGACGGUGAUAACUCUGCACCGCCCUAUGACUCACUGGCCACCUACGCUUACGAAGGUGAGGGAUCGGUGGCCGAAAGCCUGAGCUCCAUAGAAUCAUUAAAUGGUGAGACAGAAGAGGAUUAUGAUUACCUAAACGAGUGGGGACCUCGUUUCAAAACUCUUGCAGGGAUUUUUGGAGAACGUUCGCAAAGCCAGACUGACAUCACCUCCACAAGCACCACAGAAAACAAACUUUGAUGAUGAACACAAAUGCAAGAUGUUUAUUUAUUUACUCCACUAUCUUAUAUUCUUUUAAUAUUGUCAUUUCUGUUUCGGUUUUGAUGCUUUUUUUCAUCCUCAAGAUACUGUUGUGAGCUCUGGUUUGUCUCCAUUCCCCAUGCAACAAAAUUGAUUAGAAUUCAAAGGAGGGGUUUUUUUGUUUGUUUUCAGUGCUUAAAGAAAGACAAAACUCAAAAAGGGAAUGAAAACAUCCUUAAAAAGUGCCUCGAUAGAUUUUUUUUCUCUUUGCUUUACCUCUGAUUUUCAUGCUCACACAAAUCUACCCCUACACACUACUUCCCACACAAACACAUGCCUUCCAGAAAAGCGAGACAGUGCGAAAGAUGUCAAGUGCUCUAGCUCCUCAUAAACAAUGUUGAGACCAGCUUCACUAAGGAUUACGGGAGGCAAAUAGAGACACGGCCCAAGUUUGGCCAAAGAUCAUUUAAAUUGUAUUUAUGAUUAUUUAUUUGUGAGGCUGAUAUUUUUUUUUUCUUUUAGGAUUUUUUUGAUGUAUUUAUCUCUAUUUAUCACAAUCUCUUUUUUUUUCUUUUGAAUACACUUGGGGAUUUUUGUAAUUAUGUGCUCCUCACAUUAACAUGGAUGUUGAAGUGUUGUGAGGAAACUGUAAAGACUUGUACAUAAUGUUAAUUGUAAAAUCAGUUUAGGGCUAAACAUGAGCUACUAUAUUGAGUCAUGUAACACACUGUUUUUCUUAAAUAAACAACACUUACAAAAGGUAUUUUUAAACAUAUCUGACUUCUUGCAGGGUGGAACAGUUACUCAAUGUAUGACUGCCUGUGUGGCGUUGCUGUGCAUGUACUCUCUGUCUAUGUGUGGGUUUCCUAUGGGUUCUCUGAUUUCCUUACACUUCCAAAAAGCAUGCCAGUAGGUGCAUUGGCUAAGCCAUAAUGCCCUGAGGUGUGUAUGAGUGUGUGAAUGUGUGUGCAUGAUGCCCUGAAAUGGACUGGUGUCCCGUACAGAGUGUAUUCCCGCCUGGCACCCAGUAUUCAAAGAAUAACCUCCGGAUACACCACGACCCUGACAAAGUAGAUAAAGUGGUUACUGACAGUGAGUAGCCCAUUUAGGUAGUCUAAGGUUUGGGUUUCAUUCAUUAAUUCAUUUUUUCAUUCAUCUUCAAUAACCACUUUAUCCUGCUCAGGGUCAUGGCUCUGGGUUGAAUAUGAACAUUUAUAUUAAUAGACUAAUUCCUGUGCCAUGGACUUGUUUAUAGAAAUAUAAAACAAAUCACAUUAUGGAUGUAAUAAGGAAUGAAAACAAAUAGCAAUAAAAGUACACAAAGCAAUGUUAAUGCAGUGUAAGGCGACUCAGACUACACAUUCAGCUGAACACAUAAUGCCAUCACAGUGUAUUCAGCCUGCUCAUUUUGGAAAGGGGGAAUGUUUCAAAUCCAGUCAGGCCUUUUAUUCUAGUACAUUAAAUUAGCAUGGAUGUGGCAUGGCUUUUUCAUGUCUGGACAUAGCAUUAGAAACCACUCAGACUUCACUUCAUAAUAACUAAAUUGUGCCAAAACCAGACAGCAUUGAUGGACCAAAGUAGAGACUGUGUCUAUGGUUUGCGUUAAAAACCCAAUAAACAGCUGUCAGUUGAUGAAUAAAUAAGAAGAAGAAGAAGAAAGAGGUUAGCCAAGUUGCAGAAAAGGAAUGAUACUGGAAUAUUUAAUGAUUUGUGAAAAUGUCUGUUGUCCUUAUCAGGCAUUUUCAUUCAAUGCCCUUAACUCUCUACCUGUUAGUCUGUUAUUAACCUGUAUCUC